AUCGUUUGCAAUUAUUCUAGGACGACUGAUGAGCGUUUCAGUAUAUGCAGCUUCAAUAUAUUCGAAAAAUGAUGAUAUCGUUAAAAACUUAUUCUCGGUGUCAAGUGAUGCCUAUAACAUUGAAGUAGAACGGUUUAUAACAUUUGUCCAACAUCAUCCACCUGUGAUUAUUGGAAUGGGAAUGUUUAAAGUAACUAAGUCAAUGGUUUUACAGAUUGCUACAACUUUAAUUAUGUAUGAACUAGUUUUAGCCCAAUAUAAAGACCUAUAAAUUAAAAAA